AUGUUGUCCUUCUCUUUUAUUUGGGCGACUCGGCCUCUGCGGAGAUGUGGUCAGCUGGUUGGGAUGGCCGUACGGUGCCAACACAGUGAGGCUGCCCAGACUCAGACCGGAGAAGCAAGCAAGGGCUGGUCAGGCCAGGAGAGUCUAUCAGACAGUGACCCUGAGAUGUGGGAUCUGCUGCGGAGAGAGAAGGACAGGCAGUGUCGCGGCCUGGAGCUCAUUGCUUCAGAGAACUUCUGCAGCCGAGCUGCGCUGGAGGCGCUGGGGUCCUGUCUGAACAACAAAUACUCGGAGGGUUACCCUGGCAAGAGGUACUACGGAGGGGCCGAGGUAGUGGAUGAGAUCGAGCUGCUGUGUCAGCGCCGGGCCCUGGAGGCCUUUGACCUGGACCCUGCUCAGUGGGGAGUCAAUGCCCAGCCCUACUCCGGGUCCCCAGCCAACCUGGCCGCCUACACAGCCCUUCUGCAGCCUCACGACCGACUCAUGGGGCUGGACUUGCCCGAUGGGGGCCAUCUCACCCACGGCUACAUGUCUGAUGUCAAGCGAGUCUCGGCCACAUCCAUCUUCUUCGAGUCUAUGCCUUAUAAGCUGAACCCCGAGACUGGCCUCAUUGACUAUGAGCAGCUGGCCCUCACUGCUCGGCUCUUCAGGCCACGACUCAUCAUAGCUGGUACCAGUGCCUAUGCGCGCCUCAUUGACUAUGCCCGCAUGAGAGAAGUGUGUGACGAGGUCAAGGCACACCUCUUGGCAGACAUGGCCCACAUCAGUGGCCUGGUGGCUGCCAAGGUGAUCCCCUCACCCUUCAAGCACGCGGAUAUUGUCACCACGACCACUCACAAGACCCUUCGAGGGGCCAGGGCAGGACUCAUCUUCUACCGGAAGGGGGUGCGGGCUGUGGACCCCAAAAGUGGCCGAGAGAUCCCUUACACAUUCGAGGACCGAAUCAACUUUGCUGUGUUCCCAUCCCUGCAGGGGGGCCCCCACAACCACGCCAUUGCUGCAGUGGCUGUGGCCCUAAAGCAGGCCUGCACCCCCAUGUUCCGGGAGUACUCCCUGCAGAUUCUGAAGAACGCUCGGGCCAUGGCUGACGCCCUGCUGGAGCGGGGCUACUCCCUAGUGUCUGGCGGCACUGACAACCAUCUAGUGCUGGUAGACCUGCGGCCAAAGGGCCUGGACGGAGCUCGAGCCGAACGGGUGUUGGAACUUGUAUCCAUCACGGCCAACAAGAACACCUGUCCUGGAGAUCGAAGCGCCAUCACCCCUGGGGGCCUGCGGCUGGGGGCCCCAGCCCUGACUUCUCGAGGGUUCCGUGAAGAUGACUUCCGGAAAGUUGUAGGCUUUAUAGAUGAAGGUGUCAACAUUGGCUUGGAAGUGAAGAGCAAGACCACCAAACUCCAGGAUUUCAAAUCUUUCCUGCUCAAAGACCCAGAAACAAGUCGCCAGCUGGCCGACCUUAGGCAACGGGUGGAGCAGUUCGCCAGGGCCUUCCCCAUGCCUGGCUUUGAUGAUCACUGA